GAAAUAAACAAAGAUAUCGAAUGGACAGACUUAAAAAGAUGGAGAUUAGAAGUUAAUAAUGGAAGGCAAACGUGGCACUACUUAGAGAAUGAAUCCGAAAUUAAGAAUUGGCCUCAAUCUACCAUUGAAAAGUAUUGGCUUGGCUUACCUUUUAAAUCAAGGAAAUUUAUUAAACCAGUUAAAGCUUCAGAAGCAGCCAAAAAUGGAUUUAAAUUCUUUAAACAACUUCAAACUGAAGAUGGUUUUUGGGCAGGAGAAUGUGGAGGGAUAAUGUUUUUAACCCCGGUGCUUAUAUUUUCAAUGUAUAUCACCCGAAUACCAAUUCCAGAAAGUUGGAGAAUAGAAAUGAUUAGAUAUUUAUUUAACCGAGCUCAUCCCGUUGAUGGAGGAUGGGGAAUACAUAUGGAACAGCAUUCAACAGUUUUCGGAACAACAAUGAAUUAUGUUGUACUACGGAUUUUGGGAGUGGAUGCAGGUCAUCCAAUUAUGGUUAAAGCUAGAUCAACUUUACAUGAAUUUGGAGGAGCUACUGGUAUCCCUUUUUGGGGAAAAUUCUGGUUAGCUAGCUUAAAUGUUUAUGAUUGGGAAGGAGUUAAUCCUAUUCCACCAGAAUUAUGGCUUCUUCCUCAAUUUUUACCAAUUCAUCCAUCUCAAUAUUGGGUUCAUACACGAUCCGUUUACCUCCCUAUGGGAUAUAUUUAUGGUCAUAGAUUUAGUGCCGAAGAAACACCGUUGAUUAUACAGUUGAGACAAGAAUUAUAUACACAACCUUAUGAAACAAUAAGUUGGGAUAGGGCACGGGAUAAUGUUACAGAUGUCGAUCUCUUUUUACUUCAUUCAAAACUUUUGAACCUUUGUAAUUUUUUUUUAAGGAUUUAUGAAAAGAUUCCAAAUUUCUUUGGCAUUCGCGAUAUUGCUCUUCAAGAAAGUUAUGAAUUAAUACAAUGUGAAGAUAUUAAUACGGAUUACCUUGACCUUGCUCUUAUAAGCAAAUCUAUUCACAUUCUCUGCACCUAUCAUGAAAAAGGUCCAGAUUCCAAGGAAUUCCAAUUAGCUAAAGAAAGAAUAAUUGAUCAUCUAUGGAUAAAUUCUGAAGGAAUGUUUGCAAAUCUUACUAAUGGCUGUCAAUUAUGGGACACUGCCCUUAUGUCUCUUGCUUUGAUGGAUACUGGAUUAGCAGAAGAUCCAGCAUUUCAUAAAUCAAUGACAGGAUCAUUAAAGCUUAUAGAUCGUUCUCAAUUUAAAAAGGAUCCUGAAAAUUAUUCAAGAUGUUACAGAGACAAAACUAAAGGAGGUUGGGGAUUUAGUACUCGUGAUCAAGGUUAUGUUGUAUCUGAUUGUACCUCUAUAGGAAUAAAUUACAUGCCGAAACUAAUAUCCAAAGAGCGUUUCUGUCAAGCUAUAGAUAUUUUAUUAAGCAUGCAAAAUAGAGACGGAGGAUUCUCAAGUUAUGAAAGUAUUCGUGGACCGUCAUUUUUAGAAUUGUUAAAUCCCUCCGAAGUAUUUGGAAAUGCUAUUAUGACUGAUCAUAGUUACCCCGAGUGUACAUCGUGUGUUUUAACAGCAUUCAGUACAUUCUCAAAGUAUUAUCCAGAUUAUCGUGCAGAAGAAAUCAAAAAAUCCUGUGAGAAAGCCAUACAAUAUAUUCAUGAUUCACAGCGUGCUGAUGGAAGUUGGUAUGGAUCAUGGGGUAUUUGCUUCACCUACGCUGCCAUGUUCACAAUUGAAUGUUUAGCAAAUUUUGGAGAGACUUAUGAAAAUAGUGAAAGCGUCAGGAAAGGAUGCAAAUUCUUAAUUACAAAACAAAAGAAAGAUGAAUAUGUUCAACACGAAAAAUCACAAGUUGUAAAUACUUCAUGGGCGCUACUUGCUUUAAUGUAUGCCAGAUAUCCAUAUGAGAAUGACAUCCGCCGUGGCGUGAUGCUUUUAAUGUCACGUCAAUUGUCAACUGGCGAAUGGAAACAAGAGGCGAUUGAAGGAGUUGCCAAUAAAACUUGUGCCAUGAGUUAUCCAAAUUAUAAAUUUAUUUUUGCAAUUUGGGCGUUAGGAAAAUAUGCGAAGAUCUAUAAUGAUCCU